AUGUGCAAACACGUUCUCAACGCCCAAGUCGCCAUCCGCUCGCCGUGCUGCAAGAAAUGGUUCGACUGCGCGGAAUGUCACCAGGAGCAGAGCGACCACCCGCUCAUGCAGACGUUUGACAUGGUCUUCAUAUGCAAGAAGUGCAAGAAGGCCUUCCGCAAAGAUGCGCGCGAAUUUGAGGACGCCGACGAGUACUGCCCGCACUGUGACAACCAUUUCGUUCUAGAGGCAAAGACACCCAAGGCGUCGUUGCAAGUCGAAGGCGAGGAUGCACGAAUCGACUCCAGAAUGCUCAAGGACGACCGUGUACGAGGCGAAGAAAUGCGCACCAUAUUCGAUGUCAAGGAAGCGCCGAACAAGCUGGGUUGA